AAAAGAUACAUGUACUAUUAUGAGACCUUGAAUUAAUAUCCUAUUUAUUUUUGUAACAUUAUCCUGCCAGUUUUAAAUUUGGUUAUUUUGUGACAACAUCGUUUCAAUAUAAUCAGUUGUUUCUAUAUAAUCAGAUAAAGUACACGCUCCGCACGGUAUCUUAAUUGUAAAAAGAAAUUUGUGUAGAUAUAUUUGUUGUUUGAUUUAUUCUGUUAUUGUAAUGGCCACUAGGGAACAAAUUCAAGAAUAUCUCGAUAUAAGGGAUAAUAUCGAUAUGACAGUAAAUGCAGUUUUAAGUAAAACUGUAUCUAUAGAUACCAUACCAGAAGGUGAAGAAAAGAAUAUGAUAAUAUUAACAGCAGUAACUGUAUACAAAAAACAGAAAUAUUUGCACGAAAAGGUAUUAUAUAAGGAAGCAAUAAUCGAUUAUAAGGUAACUUUCGGCUCCGACCCGAGAGCGGUAAAAAUAGUUGCAGCCAAAUAUAAACUUGUACCUAAGCUUCUUAGCAUAGAAAUAUAUAAUCAUACUCAAACUGAUCCAAAUUAUGAAUUUGAUAAAGAUAUAGAAGGAGAAUUCAUUACAUAUGCACAGGAAGAAGCAUUAUGGUUAAGAUUAAAAUUGUUGGUACAAAUAGGAUUUAUACCUUGCCCUUGCAGAGCUUGUUUUUUGCUGGAAUUUUCAAUACGUGUUUACGAAUUUGUCAUUGAGUUGCAAAAAGGUGAUUGUUACCCGCUGUGGCGUUUACAUAGAGCGGCAACAAUAGAAUGGAUAAAAAAAUUCGAAAUGAGGCACCGUGACGAAAUUUAUAACUUCUGCAGUAAGUCGUGUAAUAAGAUAUAUAGUGUAGCACCUGUAGUACCUGUAUGUAGUACUAGCACGAGUAAUCAAUAACAGCUGUUGUCAAUGUUUUGAUGGAAAAAUUAUUUUCGAAUUAUCAAAAAAUUCUAAAAUGUUUUAUAGUCAACAAAUUUUAAUCUACUUCGGUAUUGCAUUGUGAUGAAAUAUUAAUACAAACGUGCUAACAUUUACUUUAUAAGAUUUACGGUUUAAUGAACAGCUUGAGUAAGAUAUUUAAAAAAGAAACAGCACUUAUAAAUGCCAUUCUUAUAAAUGACGAGUCUUUAAGAUAUCUGUAAGAUGCUUUUUUAUCAACGGAAAGAGAAAAUUUUGAGAAAUAUGUAUUGUAAUUUAUGAACACAAACGAGCUUUUAUAUACGACUAGGCUACAAUAUUAUUUUUAAACAUUAAUUGUUAUUGAAAAUACCUGUAUGAAUGUCGUUACAUUUUAAUGUGUAUAAAGGUCUUUAAAUAU